GCUUCGAUAGCCAAUCGCAGAUCUCUGGGCACACUGUCAGAAUCAAGCUGUCAAAUAUCUCGCUUCGUCAAAAAGUCACAGCGAAAAAAAGUGAAAAGCAAAAAGUUCUUAGACUAAAAGCCAAAGGGUCUUUGCAAAGGCAACAAGCAAAACAGCAGUGAAGACUGUACUAGAAUCCGGUAAUAAUGCAGGUCAUUUUUGAAGACGAAGAGUCGCCGUUCGAGGCGGGGGGCCAAGGAGCUGUGGCAGAAUCGGGGCAGCAGGAACUGGUGGACCAGGAUGCGGGAAUAGAGCUUGACCAGAUCGAGGAGCAAGGCCAAGCCGAAAACGCCGAACCGGAACUCCAGCACAUGGAGGACGAGCCUACGGUGGAACUGGAGCCCCAGGAGAGCAACCUGGUCUGGCAGGUCGAUGAGUACGUGUUCAGCGACGAUGAUGGGACGGAGAUCAUGGUGAAGGUGGCCGUUCCCAUGCCCCCCGAGCCUGAUGAGCUGGCUGAGGGGGCGGGCGAUUAUUUUCCGAGUGUGGCUGCCCAAAUCGAAAUCACACAAUUCGGGCCAUAUGAAGAUACUUUCGCGGAACACGCGGACUCUCCGGACGCCAUCAUCUAUGUGAUUGACGAGUGACUCUGCGACUGACUUCUCCAACCUUUCUUUUCUUGCUUUUAAUUUGAAGCCACGUUCUAGUUGAACUGCUUCAUUGUUAUUCAUCCUGUUACUUGACCUCAUACAUUGUUCAAGCCUUUAACUAGAUAAUAAACCGCUUUGCGAUUUGCUCACAGAAGAUACUCGGCUGGUAGAGUCCUUAUGGAGUCAAGGUGCUACAGCCCCAUCUGCGACAGCCAGUGUUUGAAUUGAUGAAUGAGUAUUUCCACCUGCCACAGCCACUGCCGCCAAGCUCUGCCCCGAA